AUUUAUAAAAUUUUUAUGGUAUUUUAUGUACUCAAACCAUUGCUAUCAUACCAUAAACUAAUAUAUUUUGAUAGUAAUAAUGAUGGCUAUAUUAAAGUUUUUUUUAUAUUAACUCUUUUAAUUUCAUGUAUUACUAUAUUUUAUCAUUUGGUGUUUAUUUUACAUUUAAUAGAAGCAUUUGUAAAAAAAAAUAUAAAUGUAGAAACAUUAUUAAUUAGAAUGGUAAUUAUAUUUUCUAUAUUGGAUUGUUUUUUACUAUUUUUAGAUGUAAAAAUGCUCCUCUAUGAAAAUAACAAUGGUACAAAAAUCAUAGAAUCUAUUGAUCCUGUCCAAUGGAAUAAUCAUAUACAAAACCAAAGUCAAAAUCAAAACAAUUCAUUUUACAAUUUAAAAAAUAUUCAAAAGUAUCAAUCAAUUUUAGGUUGUUGUGGUUAUUCCGAGCCGUAUAAAGAUUGUAUGGAUGAUCCAAACCCCUCUCUAAAACUAUGCAAAACCGUACUAAAGUCGUCUCUAUCAAACCAACCAAUCUAUAUUUCCAAUACAAUUGGCAUUGGUAUUUCAAUUUUAAAUUAUUUUAUAUUAUUAAUAUAUAAAAUAGUUAAAUCUACAUCCAAAUCCACUGAUCCUAUAACUAUCAAACUUAUGAGUGAUUAAAAAAAAUAAUAAAAAACUUUUAAUACAAUCCCUAUAUUUCUUAUUUU